AUGUUCCUGUCGCUGAGGUCCAGGUUCCUUCCGCUGAGUACGAGGGGUCCUGGCGCUGAGUACAAGGUUCCUAUCGCCAAGGACAAGGUUCCUGGCGCUGAGGACAAGGUUAUUGGUGCUGAGGACAAGAUCCCUGUCACUGAGGACAAGGCUCCUGGCGCUGCAGAAAAGGCUCCUGGCGCUGAGGAAAAGGCUUUUGCCACUGAGAAGAAGGUUCCUGCCGCUGAGGACAAUGUUCCUGUCGCUGAGGUCCAGGUUCCUUCCGCUGAGUCGCUGAGGUCCAGGUUCCUUCCGCUGAGUACGAGGUUCCUGCCGCUGAGGGCACUGAGAACGAGGUUCCUGCUGCCGCUGAGGAUAAGGUUCCUGCCGCUGAGGACAAGGUUGCAGAGGCUGAGUACAAGGUUCCUGGCGCUGAGGACAAGGUUUCUGGCGCUGAGGACAAGGUUCUUGGCGCUGAGGACAAGGCUCCUGGCGCUGAGUACAAGGUUCCUGGCGCUUAGGACAAGGUUCCUGCCGUUGAGGACAAGGUUCCUGGCGCUGAGGACAGGGUUCCUGGCGAUGAGGACGAGGUUCCCGGCACUGAGGACUAGGUUGCAGAGGCUGAGCACAAGGUUCCUGGCGCUGAGGACAAGGUUUCUGGCGCUGAGGACAAGGUUCUUGGCGCUGAGGACAAGGCUCCUGGCGCUGAGUACAAGGUUCCUGGCGCUGAGGACAACGUUCCUGGCGUUGAGGACAAGGUUCCUGGCGCUGAGGACAGGGUUCCUGGCGAAGAGGACGAGGUUCCCGGCACUGAGAACAAGGUUCCAGUCGCUGAGGACAAGGUUCCUGGCGCUGAGGAGAAGGCUUCUGGCGCUGAGAACAAGGUUGCUGGCACUGAGUACAAGGCUUCUGGCGCUGAGAACAAGGUUGCUGGCGCUGAGUACAAGGCUACUGGCGCUGAUGACAAGGUUCCUGGCGCUGAGGACAACGUUCCUGGCGUUGAGGACAAGGUUCCUGGCGCUGAGGACAGGGUUCCUGGCGAUGAGGACGAGGUUCCCGGCACUGAGAACAAGGUUCCAGUCGCUGAGGACAAGGUUCCUGGCGCUGAGGAGAAGGCUUCUGGCGCUAGACUAGGUUCCGGAAGGCUUCUGGCGCUGAGAACAAGGUUGCUGGCACUGAGUACAAGGCUUCUGGCGCUGAGAACAAGGUUGCUGGCGCUGAGUACAAGGCUACUGGCGCUGAUGACAAGGUUCCUGGCGCUGAGGACAAGGCUCCAGAGGCUGAAGACAAGGUUCUUGGCGCUGAGAAAAAGGUUCUUGGCGCUGAGGACAAGGUUCCUGGCGCUGAGGACAAGGUUCAUGCGCUGA